AUGUAUGCAGUUGUUACCUUGCAUGACUCAGAUGAGGUGAUGGUGGUAGCAUCAAACUGGUUGAGCACAGACAAGAAACAAAGUUACUGGCCCCCAUUCAAAUCACCAGAGAAGUGCAUGGAAGCUGUUCAGAACAGAGUUAAACCUGAAACAGGAGGGAAAACAUGGGAGAAAUUAAAUAUUAGCUUUCGCAAAGAAUAUGUUUCUUUUGAUAAGGCAAAAGAGGGGCAAAAAGAAAUUACAGAACAGAAAGAGCGAUCUUUUCAAUUAGCCACUGGAUUCCCUGGAAUGCUAAAAAGACAAAGAUUUGAAAGCACUCAAGAAAUGUCAAAAAAUCCACUUCUUCCUACACCAUCUACAUCCAGAAUGUCAGCUGAUGACAAUGAUGAUCUCCUCCAAAUGCUGAGAGACAUCAAGAGCACGGUUCAGGAAAACUCUGCCAUGUUAAAGAAACUACUGAAAGACAAUAUGGCUUCUGAAUCCCCCAGCAGUACCAGCUUUCCCACUAAAGAUGUUAAAACAAGCCUAAAUCUGCCUCUUACAACUUUUGAAGAUGUGGUCAGGACUGAAAUGGAGCUCAGUAAUGCAACAACACGCCAAAAAUAUGUAAAAUAUCUGUCAAGGCUUGGAGGUUUUGGGGCCAAGGAUGUGAUUAAGAAUAUUAUGCAGCAAGUCCUAACAGAUGAUCUGGCUAUGGAGUUCAACUGGCAGGGGAGAGGAGAUAAAAAGGCCUUCUCUAAGCUUAUUUUAACAGAUGUAAUCCGAGAUGCUGCAUCAAAGCAGAGUGUGUUGAGGGCAGACUGUGAAGCUGAAAUAAAAAAUUAUUUGUGGUACACAAUUGAUCGAAUUGGUCGGAAGAGACCAUGAGUUUGUGGAGGUGUGACUUCAGAAGUGAUUUCUCCCACACUGCUGGACAGUGCUACUUCAGGGACCUAUUUACUCAUAGGUCCUGUAAGCUUAACUGCUAAGAUUAAACAUUAAUUUUGUAUAGGACUAUAUGCUAUGUACUAAACUAGCAUGACGUUAUGUAAAUAUUGGUUUUUGUAAAAAUGCUUACAAUGUUUCUAUUUAAAAAAAAAAAAAAAAAAAACUAUAUUCCCUUUAGCUGGUGGAAAUAAUGACAUACUGGAGAACAUGUAUGACUGUGGUAUCACUACAUGCAUGGACAGGUUUUCAGGUGUAUGACAGUGGUGGUUUUAGCAUGAAUGUAUGCAAUUUGUUGUAAAUAGUUUUUAAUACACAUUAUUUAAUUCUUUUUCAUUGUUCCCUCAAUAGGUUUUGCCUUUUUUUUUAAGACAGAUGAAGUCUUACAAUAGUGAAAUUAGAUGUCAAACAUAUGACUAUUGGGUGACAUUACAGUCCCUGGGGGAAUCUUCAACGGAUGAUGUACAAAUAGACAGAGAAUU